AUGCUCAACCUCUGGAGCUACCGCCCCACCGCCAUCUACGCCCCCGAGCACGCCCACCUCGCCGGCACGCCCUGCACCGGCGCCGAAGCCAUGGCGCGCUACGUGUCCGUCCUCCGUGAUGGGCUCAUCCCGGAAGGCGCAGAGGUCACCUUCAGGGCAGUUCCGGUCGUGAAUGUCAUUGCGGCGGAGGGAGAGAGCUGGGAUAUCGUCGCGAUUAAUAAGUAUCCUAGUUUGGAGAGCUUUAAGGGGAUGAUCGAGUCGGAGAGGUAUAGGGUUGAGGCGCUGCCGCAUCGGUUGGCGGGGCAGGAGGAUACGAGGUUGAUUAUGAUGGAGGGGGUGGACUGA